AUGGCAGCUAGUUGGGCUGUCAAGUACAUCUGCAGAGCUAAACAAGCUUGUACUGAGUUCACUGGUUCUUCUUCUUGGCUCACUUCUGUGAAAUACUACAUUAAAGACAACUACAAGUUGAUGAGAGGUUCUAGAGACAAGAUCAGAUGGAACAUGUUUGUCUGGAACAGAUUUUCUAUGCUAAAGCACAGAAUCAUAUGCUGGCUAGCUUUACAAGACAGAUUGAAAACCAAAGUAAGGUUGUUUCCCUUAGGCAUUGGUGCUGAUAAUCUGUGUGGCCUUUGUGGCUCACAUCCAGAGACUGGAGCUCAUUUAUUUUUUAAGUGCAAGUAUAGUAUUGAUUGCUGCACUGCCAUUAUGCACUGGCUAGUGAUUGCUGGGGUGGUUUACUCUAUCUGGAAAGCUAGGAACUCUUCUAUUUGGGAAGGGUCUGUCCCUACUGUCAAACACACUGUACAGCACAUUCAGUUUUGUGUAAAAAAUAGAGUUAGUAAACUCAUAGGAAAGAAGAUUAGCACUAGUGAAGCUCAUUGGUUUGCUAGCUUGUAA